GUUUUUGGUGCUCCGCCAGCUCCUGCGGCUUCUCCUAGUGUAGGGCGAGAGGACGUUGCUAAGAACAGUAGCUCUAGCUCAAUAGCGGGAGCAGCCCCUUCCCGCAUGAACACCGCAGUGUCAGAGGAAAUCAACAUAGCUGGUGACCAGGAAGUAGUGGAUUCCACGAGUUCAUCAAGUGGAGCUGCUUCUUCAACCAAUAUGGCAGUCUGCACUGAACUUUGUGCGAGAUUAAUUGUGUUGUAUUGUAGUAUCUCCGUUACCGUUUUCUAGUAUACAUACUAGGUAGUGCCCACGUGGUGAAAGAGGGCACAUGACAUGACAUGACCACAUGUGGUUGUGGAGCAGUUGUAUACUAGAAGGCACACGAUGACUGAAAGUCCUCGCAUCCACUUGACCACGUGGUAAAAGAGGGCACACGACAUGACAUUGUAUUUACUGAUGAAUGGACUUUUCCCUUUUGAAUUCAACAGGAAGAACACUGGCUCUUCAGCAAGUAUUGCGCAAGUAUCUAUUGCGGAUAGAAGUAACGCACUACCUCACCACCUCUAAGAGUAACACCUUCCAG